GCACUUUCUCCUUCUCUCCAUUGUCCUCUGUGUCCCACUCUCUUCCUCACACUCACCACUCCCUGAAACUGAGAAGCAACAACUUCAACUCGCUCCACAAAUUACAGCGAGAGAAGAAGAAGAAGAAGAAGAUGCUAGCAUGUCCUAGCAGCUCCCUCCAUGGCCUCGCCACGCUCCAACGCCAUUCCCAACCAUCUCACUUCCUCCUCUCCAAGCCUCUCUUCUUCCCUCGCUUCCACGCUUCCCGCAAAUGCAACUUCCGCUCUCUCCUUUCCGGCAACAACCGUCGCCGCUCCGCCGUCAGAGCCUCCGCGGACUCGCCGGAGGUGUCGGAGUCCGUCGUCGGUGCCGACGGUGGAGGCUUGCAACCGUAUUCCGUGAAGAUUCCCGUUGGUGAUAGACAUAUUUUGGUUGAAACCGGUUCUAUAGGAAGACAAGCAAGUGGCUCUGUUACAGUUACAGAUGGAGAAACUAUUGUGUACACAACUGUUUGCUUGGAUGAUGUUCCUUGUGAACCAUCUGACUUUUUCCCUCUUUCUGUUAUUUAUCAAGAGCGUUUUUCAGCAGCUGGUCGCACUAGUGGAGGUUUUUUUAAGCGAGAAGGAAAGAUAAAAGAUCAUGAGGUUCUUAUUUGUAGAUUGAUUGAUAGGCCUCUACGUCCUACAAUGCCAAAGGGUUUCUAUCAUGAAACUCAAAUAUUAUCUUGGGUUUUGAGCUAUGAUGGAUUGCACUCCCCUGAUUCUUUGGCUAUCACUGCAGCUGGUAUAGCAGUUGCACUUUCAGAAGUACCAAUGUCAAAAGCAGUUGCUGGAGUUCGUGUUGGUCUUGUUGGUGAUAAGUAUAUAGUAAAUCCUACGACUGAGGAGAUGGAACACUCUGAGUUGGACCUCUUGCUGGCUGGCACAGAUAGUGCAAUAUUGAUGAUAGAGGGCUAUAGCAGUUUUCUCCCAGAAGAGAAGUUACUUAAAGCUGUAGAAGUUGGUCAGGAUGCAGUGCGAGCAAUCUGUAAUGAGGUAGAAGCCUUGGUUAAGAAGUGUGGGAAGCCAAAGAUGUUGGAUGCCAUUAAGUUGCCUCCUCCCGAACUUUAUGAACAUGUUGAAGCAAUUGCUGGUGAUGAGUUAGUAAAAGUUCUUCAAAUUAGAAACAAAAUACCCAGAAGGAAAGCCCUUUCAUCAUUAGAAGAAAAGGUUCUGAAGAUACUCACAGAAAAUGGGUUUGUCUCAAAUGAUUCAACACUGAGGAGUAAUUCUGAGACCAUUGCGGAGAUUCUUGAGGUUGAGGAUGAAGACGAGGAAGUAAUUGUUGAUGGUGAAGUUGACGAAGGUGAUGUUCAUAUAAAGCCAACUCCACGUAAACCAGCCCUUUUAUUUUCUGAGGUGGAUGUGAAGUUGGUAUUUAAGGAAAUUACUUCGAAAUAUUGGAGGAAGCGCAUAGUAGAGGGGGGGAAAAGGAGUGAUGGGCGAACACCUGACGGAAUACGUCCAAUUAACUCGAGAUGUGGCCUAUUACCUAGAGCACAUGGAAGUACUCUUUUUACAAGAGGCGAGACACAGGCACUAGCAGUUGUUACACUUGGAGAUAAACAAAUGGCGCAAAGAAUUGACACCCUUGAUGGUGUUGAUGAAUUCAAGAGGUUCUAUCUGCAGUAUUCAUUUCCUCCUUCAUGUGUUGGGGAAGCUGGCCGGAUUGGUGCCCCAAGUAGAAGAGAAAUUGGUCAUGGGAUGCUUGCUGAGAGAUCCCUUGCACCAAUUUUGCCUUCUGAAGAUGAUUUCCCUUACACUAUACGUGUUGAGAGUACUAUCACUGAAAGCAAUGGCUCUUCAAGCAUGGCUUCUGUUUGUGGAGGUUGCUUAGCAUUGCAAGAUGCUGGGGUUCCUAUUAAGUGUUCUAUUGCUGGAAUUGCAAUGGGUAUGGUACUGGACACCAAGGAAUUUGGUGGAGAUGGAACUCCACUUAUUCUGUCUGACAUAACUGGAUCUGAAGAUGCGUCUGGAGAUAUGGAUUUCAAGGUUGCUGGAAAUGGAGAUGGCAUAACUGCAUUUCAAAUGGACAUUAAGGUGGGUGGAAUUACUUUGCCCAUCAUGAGAAAGGCACUUCUACAAGCAAGAGAUGGCAGGAAGCAUAUACUUGGAGCAAUGAUGAAUUCCUCACCUCCUCCAGCAAAAAUGCUUUCCAAGUAUGCUCCUCUGAUUCAUGUUAUGAAGGUAAGACCGGAUAGAAUAAAUCUUAUAAUUGGUUCUGGUGGGAAAAAAGUGAAGAGCAUUAUUGAGGAAUCUGGAGUAGACACUAUUGAUACAGAAGAUGAUGGCACUGUGAAAAUAUUUGCAAAAGAUUUACCUAGUUUAGAGAAGUCUAAAGCUAUUAUUAAUAGUUUGACGAUGGUUCCAACUAUUGGUGAUAUAUAUAGGAACUGUGAAAUCAAAUCAAUAGCCUCAUAUGGAGUUUUUGUAGAGAUAGCACCUGGACGAGAGGGACUAUGUCAUAUCAGUGAACUGAGUUCAGGUUGGCUACCCAAGGCAGAAGAUGUUUUUAAAGUGGGAGAUCGCAUUGAUGUAAAGCUUAUAGAGGUAAAUGAAAAGGGGCAGCUGCGCCUUAGUCACCGAGCACUGCUUCCUGAUACAGAAGCUUCACCAAAAGAUGGUUUAGUGGAAGAAAAGACUGAACAGUCUAAGGAUAAGUCUAGCACUCCCAAUGUCACAGCCUCUUCUAAAAGAAGUUCAGAGGAUGAUUCUGUACUUCCUUCUAAAAAGUUUGUCAGGAGAUUGGUAAGCUCUUCCCAGGAUAAGCCUUUCACUAACAAAGACAAGAGAAAGAAGAGUAGCAACAAAGCAGUUGGUAGUGUGUCUGGCGAAGAUGAAAGCAGUUUGGUUAGUGGAGAAGCCUAAAACUGACGACCAAUAUAUUUGCAAAUAAAGCAGAGACAAAUGAUGCUUGCUAGAAAAAAAUUGGUUUCAUAUGCACAAGAAGGCUGAGGUUGCAAGCUCUUACAAACUAACAUAUGAAUGCAUGAUUCAGGUUUUGGUGGCAUGUUUUCUAUUACGGAGUUAUUUUACUUUCCCAUUGAUGAUACUGAUCAUUGCAGUGAAAUUUUUUGGAACAUGCUGGUGCCUAAACUGGAAUAUAAGAACCCCUGUGACUCUAGCUUAUUCCUUAGGCAGAUAACCUUGCUUAAGCUGGAAAGGUGAAAAAAGAGAAUCUUUGUAUAGUCCGUACAUCUCACUGUAAUGCUUCGGAUGUUUGUGAUGAUGAAUACAUCAUGGGAAUUUUGUGUGCUUGUUCUCCCGAUGGCACCUCUAUAUCUUCAAUCUGUUGUUAUUUAUUUCAUAGUUUUUUUCUACUAUUAUUUUCUGAGAUGCUUCCCUUUUGUGGAGCUCCUAUUUUGGAGGUAUCAAGUGUAAAUCUUAGUACAACAGUACAUGGGAGAGGCGUGAAUCUUGUAUACUUCGCAUUGUAAUUUGUUGUCUUUUUUAACAGUUAAAAUUAUGAUAUUUUCGAUACUCCAAAUUGCAAGUUUUGUUGUGUAACCUCAUUGGUCA